GCCGAUAAGCAGCAUCGUGAUCAUCAAUUGUAUAUCAAUCACCAUGAGAAUGGACUGUUUAUUGCUUACAAAUGCAACGCAUGGUGUUAAAAUUUCGUUUUAAUUCAUUAUUUCACUUAAUAAUUCUUUAUCAAUUUAAUGAGCAACAUUAACAGUAUUUAUAAAUACAGUUUAUUGUGUAGUGUCAUUUAAAAGGAGUUUUCUAACGAUGGAAUUAGCUUUCCAACUCGUAUGCAUAAAAAUUGAAUAUACUUUUUAUGCUAUCAAACUUUUAUAACAAUUAGAAGAAUGCAUAUUAUGCACUAUAAUACACUUUAAAAACUAUGUUAUUUCAUAAAUUUUGUUUACUAUUUGUUAAAUAGUUUUGUAGCGUAGUAUUUAUAAAUUUUAGAAAUUGUUAAAACAGCAAAGUACAUAGAAAAAAUAGGCAAUAUAGAGAAACCGCUAAUGAAUCACUAGAAGCCCGUGAAGUUCCAGUUGGUUGUGUUAUGCUUUACAAUAAUAAAGUUAUUGCUUCGUCAAGAAACAAUAUAAAUGAGACAAAAAAUGCUACUCGGCAUGCUGAAAUCAAUUGCAUUGAUCAAGUAAUUACAUGGUGCAAAGAUAAUAAUGAAGAUAUGGCACAAGUUUUUAAAGAUCUUCAUGUUUUUGUUACUGUUGAACCUUGCAUAAUGUGCAGUGCUGCUUUACGUUCAUUGUCUGUGUCCCAUGUCACUUAUGGCUGUGAUAAUGAUAGAUUUGGUGGAUGUGGGACAGUUCUUAGCGUUCAUUCUGAUAAAGUUGCUUUUCAAGGAGAUGUAUUGAAGAUUACUUCUGGUGAAAGAGCUGAAGAAGCUGUUAGUUUAUUAAAACAGUUCUAUAGAGGGGAAAAUCCAAAUGCUCCUUUUCCCAAACUGAAAGAAAAUUCUGAAAAGAAAUAAAUUUGAAACCAUGAUGUGUUGAAAUAGAUAAAAUCUGUGUGUGUAAACAUCAUGUCUAUGUAUAUAUGUUUAUCUUUGUAAAUAAAUAUAUCUAAGUCCCUUU